UCCCAAGGGCGGGGCAUCCUGUGGGCGGGGCCGAGCUCCUGUGUUUGUUGCCCUGUGUCAGUUACAUUGUAACAAAAGUGGUGCUGCUGCAGCUCUGGCUAGCACCUUAGGCCCGCCCGCCACCAGCUGUCGCCGACAUGGAACCCGUGGCCAGCAACAUCCAGGUCCUGCUGCAGGCCGCUGAGUUCCUGGAGCGCCGCGAAAGAGAGGCAGAGCAUGGCUACGCAUCCCUGUUCCCACAUCGCAGUCCGGGCCCCAUCCAUAGGAGGAAGAAGCGACACCCGCAAGGUCCUGGUGCUCUGGACAGUGGGCGGUCUGUGCACAAUGAGCUGGAGAAGCGUAGGAGGGCCCAGCUGAAGCGGUGCCUGGAGCAACUGAAGCAGCAGAUGCCUCUGGGGACUGACUGUGCCCGAUAUACCACACUGAACCUGCUGCGCAGGGCCAGGAUACACAUUCAGAAGCUGGAGGAACAGGAGCUGAGGGCUCGGCGGCUCAAGGAGAAGCUGCGCAGCAAGCAGCAGAGCCUGCAGCGGCAGCUGGAGCAGCUCCGGGGACUGCCAGGAGCAGGUGAGCGGCUGCGAGCUGACAGUCUGGACUCUUCAGGCCUCUCCUCUGAGCGCUCAGAUUCGGACCAAGAGGAGCUGGAGGUGGAUGUGGAGAGCCUGGUGUUUGGGGGCGAGGCCGAGCUGCUGCGGGGCUUCAGUGCAGGCCAGGAGCACAGCUACUCCCACAGCACCUGUGACUGGCUAUGAUGCUCACGGCCCUGACUGCCUUCUGCUCACACUGGGCUGAGCCCACCAGGCAGGAACCCUCUCCAAGCCUCGAGGGCUGCUCAGAGGCAUCAGUUGGAAUGGACUACAAGGACCCUUGUGUGGGAACAGGUACUCCAGGUAACCUGCUACUAGUUGCCAGGCAGUCCCCCACCUGGUGGGAAGAGGCACCUAGACCAUCCCAGAGCCCUGUAAGGCAGGCAGUGCCUGGGCUGCCUUUCCAGGCAUUUUGGUAGCACUUGGCUCUGUUGCUCCAGCAGGAGCAGGAAGCCUCUUGGAUCCUCUUGUUCCUUCCUGGACAAGGCCCCUGGCCUUUGCCCUACAUGUACUGUACAGUAUUUUCAUUAAAAAUGUCUU